AUGGAGGAGGUAAAGGCGUCCAUGGAGAAUGGGUGGUCAACGUCCAUCAAGAACCAAUCGUUUGAUCCAAAUUUCGCUUCACGCAAUCGUCCAUCGAAGAAACUGUCCAUUGAGCAACUGCUUGGAAACUCCCCCAUGUUUGGACUUGAAACUCUGAAUCUCAGUAACAAUCUUAUUUGGGGUACCAUCCUAGACCAAAUUUCUCAGUUGGGUUCGUUGAAAGUGCUUGAUUUAAGCGGAAACCAUGUUCAGGGAAAGAUCCCAGAGAGCGUAGGCUCACUGAAGAACCUUCAACUUCCCAGUGACAUCGGAAAGCUUGAGAAGCUAGAGAAGCUUCUUUUGCAAAGCUCGGGUUUUUAUGGUGAAAUCCCUGACUCUUUUUCGGGUUUGAAAAAUUUGACAAUUUUGGACCUUUCCCAAAACAAUCUAAGUGGUGAGGUUCCUCAAACACUAGGGUCUUCUCUCAAGAACCUGGUGUCUUUUGAUGUUUCACAGAAUAUUCUUUUGGGGUCAUUCCCAGAUGGCAUCUGUAAUGGAGAAGGCCUUAUAAACCUGAGUCUCCAUACAAAUUUCUUCAGUGGUUCAAUACCCAACUCCAUUAAUCAAUGCAUAAAUCUUGAGAGGUUUCAGGUUCAAAACAAUGGGUUGUCGGGUGAUUUCCCAAAUGCUUUAUGGUCAUUACCCAAAAUUAAGCUCAACAGAGCUGAAAACAAUCAAUUUUCUGGAGAAAUACCUCACUGGUCCCAUCCCGCAAAAGCUUCAAAACUUGAAGCUUGCUCUUUUCAAUGUGUCUUUCAAUCAACUAUCUGGUAG